AUGCAGAACAAUACAGCACGUGCCGAAGCAAGACUAGAACAUCUUGAGGAGCUGGUUCACCAGUUGGUGGCGCGCAACAACAACGAUGCUGAGUCUACCUCAGCUGCGCCGGAGAUGACUGUGGAGCAGUUUGACUCCGAGAGUGCAACGCUCUACACAGGUCCCACACAUCAUGCUGCGAUGCUCGAAGAUAUUGCGGAGCUCCGCAAUGUUUUGGGAGAGUCGACACCAGUCCUGGAUGUCGAUGACUCUGUUACUUCGGGCAGCGAAAUGAAUGUGCUCUUUGGCAGAGUGCGACCACUGUCUCUCGACCAGAUAUUGAGCAAGUGGCUGCCAACAAAGACAGAGUGCGAUAGGCGCGUUGCAGCUUACUUUCGCGCUCAGGGUAUUGCGGCGCCAUUUAUCCACGUUCAGCAAUUCCACAACCAGUACGAAAAGUUUUGGCAGAGUCGUGACAGUACCUCCCCACUGUGGAUCUCUAUCUUGUUUUCGAUAUGUUAUCUCUCAGAGCGUAUAGGACCAUAUGUGGCAGCGACUCCUCCAGGAUUCAGCUACGCAGCAACACAAUGUUUGGCUCUUGGACAAUAUAGUCGACCACAACGCUUUGCUGUCGAGGCCAUUACUGCCUUCAUUCAAGCCCGGAUCACAGAUAAGCUCGACGCAUGUCGCGAUUCAGGGAUGCUCUUUGGUGUCCUGGUGCCACUAGCAUACACUCUGGGUUAUCAUCGUGAUCCAGCACACCUGAAGCACGUUUCGCCUUUCGAGGGCGAAAUGAGGCGACGUACUUGGUCACUCAUUGUACAGCUAGAUUUGCUAAAUUCUUUCCAGCUUGGGCUUCCUCACAAUAUCCAGGCUGGAACGUGGGAUGUCAAGAGCCCUGGAAACUAUCACGACACAGACCUCACUGAGGAUAUGUCAACAUUGCCGCCUCCGAGGCCACCCUCAGAGAUGACGAAGAUGUUGUUUUACAAUUCGAAACAGAUUCUCGCAUCUGUCUUCGCCAAGAUUCUUCAAGCCGUACUUUGCACUUCCCAAGAUGCCCAAGACUCGCUUCUUCUACAACGACAGCAAGAACUUGAUGAUGCGAAUGCAACUAUCCCGACCGCUUUGCACUAUCAUAAUAUUUCAGAGUCCAUCGCAGAUCCUGUCAUGCUUUUCGUCACUAGACGUUGUCUACAGCUCAUGUACGACAAAUGCCGUCUAGUGCUACACAGAAGACAUAUUGCUCGUGGACGAGAGGCAAGCAUUCGAAUCUGCUUUGAUGCUGCGAAAUCGAUUGUCAACGGCCUCUUGACUAUGUACCCGGAGUUCAAGCCUGGUGGGCAGUUGUUUGGUGAUCGUUGGUUGAUGAGUAGUAUCGCCUUCAACGACUUUCUCACGGGCGCGAUGGCCUUCAGUCUGAUCCUGUGUCAAGAUCAAAGGACCAAGAUUGAGUGCUUAUCAUGGGAUGAGCGAUGCGAAAUCAAACAGAUGCUGGAGUCGUCACGAGAGAUUUGCGAAGAGAACAAGGAACGAAGUGCGGGAGCUCGGCGAUUGCUCAAGCUGCUUGGAAGUCUGCGUUCCCUGAUGAUUAUGGAGGAGACGCAGCCGCCUCCUUUUGCUCCUCUGGCGGACACGUCCAUGUCAGACAGCGAAGAGAUGGCGAUUGCACAGUCUGACUUCGCCGAGCUCUUCACCGAGACCCAUAUAUUCGACGACCCGCAGUGGGCUCUGAUGGAGGAGUUCUUGAAUACGAGCUUUGAAAUGUGA